AUGUCGGUUUCAGCGAUUGCUUCGCUGAAGCCCCUUCGUGGGAGGUGCUGGCAGAAUACAAACGCCAGCCUUCUCUCCAUCCAACUCCAAUCGCGAACCACCACUCUCAACUUCCGCACCGUUAUCCAUCUCCGAUUAGACCAACAUCGAUUCAAGACAACCAAUUCAUCCAAUGGACACCAUGAUAAAGACCUACAAGCCAAGAGGGACCAGUUACCACAGAAGAAUCAACCCUCGGCGCAACCCCAGAUUACCUUUCGUCAAUUUGCUGGCCGAGCCCUCGCUGCCGGCCUUCGCAGUCUUACAGUAGCCAUGAGCCCAACUGGUAUCAAGACAGCAUAUAAGCAAAAUCCAGGUACCACAACACUAGGAAUCUUUGUUCUUGGCGUGGUAUCUAUCAUCGGCGCAUACACCGUUUACCUCUACUUCAACUACUUCUACCAUUACCAAUUCACAAGAUACCCCAAGCCUAUCGCAAACUCUUUGCGACGUGCUCUAUACUACACCAACAUCAAACCCGAUGCCGAACUAGCUCUGAAGUACUACAAGCGUGCUAUGGAUCAAUGCGCUGAGCAUGGAUUGGAUCCAUACUCCGACGAGGUUCUGGGUAUUCGAAUUCAGACCUCUUACUGGCUUGAGAAGAUCACGAACUAUAACGGAUGCCUCCAGGUUUUGGAGGGCAUCCUCGCCGAUUGCAACAGGUGGAUCAGUGUCAUGGAGCAGUCCGUGAAAGACGGCCAAGUCAGUGAUGAUGGCAGACUUAUUAAGUCUAAGUCAGAAACUCCCGAGGCACCUUCAAAUCAAGUCACCACCAGCGCUGCGACAACAGAGCAAGGAAAUUCAGAUGAAAAUGAGGUACCUGAGAGCCUAUGGCACAAGAGGCAGCGCAUUCUCGCCAAGACUGUUGGAAUCGCUAUCAAGCUUGGAGAGCUGUACGCUGAUGAACAUGUUCUCGACCCUGACAAUUCUCAAAAACACCUCAUCUGGGCUGUUGAAACUGCAUUGAAGGAGGCUCGUCGCCGCAAAGCUGAAGGUGUCAAGCCUGGUGAGGGCGACUGGUUGAGCCCUGGACAAAUGGGCGGCGCUAUGGAGUCAUUGGGUCGCGAUUAUGAGCGCAAGAACCAAUUCCACCUCGCCAUCCCCCUGUUCUUCCAGGCUCUUCGCCUUUGCGAAACGCCUUGCCACCGCCCUAUUAUCAUGAACAACCUCGCCGCCAGCUUUGCUCAGCACCCUAUCUUUGUCCCAGCCAACAGCGAGCCCUCCGACAUGAUCAAGGAGUUGCAUGACCCUGCUAUGCCUGCUACCCGAAAGGAAUGCCUGGAGGCUGCGCAAAACUGGGCCAAGAACGCCUACAAGCACGCCAAGGAUGUUACUGGCGACGAACGCACAGCCGAGUGUGACGAGGCAUGUGCUGUUGCCCUGUGUAACUGGGGCGAUGUCGCCGCCAUGCUCGGAAACAAUGACCUGGCUCGCAAGAAGUACAAGCAGUGUAUCGAGAUGGCAGGCAAGCUUGGAUUCCCGGAUGCAGUAAAGCAGGCCCAUUCAGGGCUUGCAAAGCUGCCUUGA